UAAUUGGGUUUGGGCCAUGUUUGUAACAGUCGGUAACCUCAAAUUAGCAGAAAAAAUACGCGCUCUUCGGCAGCAGUAAAUUUAAAUGUUUUCCUUUCGUUCGUCUUUAGUUUAGUUUAACGUGAAACCAUGGACAUCGACUUGGAUAGAUCGGUGCGUCUUCUGGACGAGGCUGUAGCCUCCAAGUCCAAGAACAUCUUUCGCAGAGGUGCAAAACAAUUGAGGAAGCAGAACCUUCAGUUGUCCAUAGAUUUGAGUGAGUCCGAGAUGAAACUCUUCACAGAUGAAAGCACAUUCUACAAUGAGAGUUUCAAUGCUGUGUUGAACGAGAACAAAACACUGACUGGAUCGAUUAUAAGAUCGAAUGAGCCUUGGAAGAACACAACUGAUAGUCUUUAUAUGGAAUUCUUUGAAGUGCUGCAAACCGCUUCGGAGAGCAAUGAGAUUUUGAAUGUGAUCGCCGAGAUGUCCAGGUGUUGUUCGGACUCUUUGAAUGUGAUCAAGGGGUUGAAAUCUAAGGUGUCUUCGACGGGAGAUUCGGAUUUGUGGUUGGAGAACGAGAGGAACACUUGGAGGUUGAUUUACGUGUUGUACGGGAACAGAUUGGGUGAUACUGCGAUGGAGGAGGAGGAUAUGCCUAUAUACUUUGGUCAGAGUGAGAGGUAUUGCAUGUUGUCUCUGUUUAAAAGGGACGCUUUGGUGAGGGAGAGUCAACUGGUGAUUGAUUGGUUGGAGAGCAAUGCCGCUCAGAGGGAUGAUGAAGUGCUGCAUUUCUCUGAUAGCACUGUCGGCUGGGAGAACACUUUGCAUCAGCUGAAAUCUAAGGAGACAAUAGUGUUUGAAUCGAGUAGAACCAUUGUUAAGCAUUUGGAUGCUGAUGCUCCUCAUUACGAGAAGUUGCCUUUGCAUGAUUUGGACAUGGAGGAUGAGAGGAGGUUGUGUCAUAAGAUCUUUCAAGAGAUCAGAUGCGGAAAAUUGGAAGCAGCACAAAAGUUGUGCGGCAAUUGCGGACAUUCGUGGAGAGCAGCUCUUUUGGAAGGUUGGAAGCUUUACCACAACCCGAACUUGGAAGAUCCCAUGAACCAAGAGGACGAAGAGGUGGAUAACAGCAACGCGAUGGAAACCGAAGAGGUGAAAUACAAGGAUAUCGAAGGAAACGAGAAUCGCGAUAUUUGGAAAGCCAUGGCGUGGAAAUACUGCGAUGUUGAAACUUUGAAUAAGUUCGAAAAGGCUGCUGUUGCCGCGUAUUCGGGUAACUUGCAACCACUGUUGCACGUCUGCAGCUCCUGGGAGGAUCAUCUUUGGGCCUACAUGAGGGUGAUGAUCGAUAUACGCGUGGAGAGCGAUAUUAGGGAGAACUGCAUGAAGACGUACGCCGAUAUGCCCGAAGAGUAUUGGGAUCAAAAGAUGUCCAUCAAUGAGAUAUUCAACUGUUUGGAGUCGUGCAACAACGCAAUCGUCCAAACUGAUGCGAUGACACCAGAUCAUCUGAUCCAAAAGUACUUGAUCUUGGACGAGAUCAACAAGUUGGUGGAAGCAGUAGAAGAUUGGCUGUUGGAGCCGGCGAUUUCGAUGCAAUUCUUGAGGUUCUUAACGCAUUUGAUGCUCUUCCUGGAGCAGAUCGGGCAGGUGAGCAACCGCGAAGUCGUCGAAAGAGUCCUAGAAGAAUACAUCAAAAGAUUGAUCGAGGAUAGGCAUACGCAACUGGUAGCGUUUUACGUGAACAAGCUGAAUGACACCAUGCAAGUCAUCAUUUACUCAACGUAUUUGGAGACCAUUAUCAAUGCUGAGGAUAGGAAAGAAGCUUUGAACUUUGCCGAAGAAAGCGAGUUGAAUAUCCAUGCGAUUACGGCUAAAGUCGUUGAGAAUAUCCGUGGUAAAAAUGAUCCUGAAUUCGAUGGAAAUCUGCAGAGGAAAAUUACGCAAUGCGAUGAGUAUAAGAUUUCCGCGUUGGAUUGGCUUCUGUUCUACGAUACGCAAUUGCCUGAAGCUCUGAAGCAGACGAAUGCCAUGAUCUUCAUGUUCCUUACGAUGAAGAAGUUGGACGCGGCGCAAUUGGCUUUCAAUAAGUUACCAGUAGAUCUAGUGAAUAAGCUUACAAAGGAGAGCGAACCUUCAGCGAAUGUGCAGCAAAAUAUCCGAGAACAUCUGAGUUACAAGGCGUAUCUGGAUGCGCAAGAAGCUUUCAACAAUUGGUUCAAGAACUUCAAGGCUAAACCGAAUCCUCCGGAAACACCAGGAGAUUCGGCUCCGUUCACGGAGAAGGUGGCCUACGAGCAUCGCCUUUCCCAGUACAACGCAGAAUUGGGUAGAUGGAAGCUGAUGAUCGGGCAACUCUCUAAAGUAGCUAAAAACGCUUUAUACAACGUCUUGCUUUUCCCUGAUGGAGGAUGGUUGCACGGCGCCAAAGACGCUCAUUACCUGCAAUCAACUUGCAUACCUGAAUGCACUUUGCUUUUGUAUAAUGUGCUUAGAGAGUCGGAGGAUUAUGAAGAGUGCGUCCAACUUGCCGAUAUCUUAACCAGCGAAAAACACAAGCUCUACUCUAUGUAUUCCAAGGAUAAAUUGGGAGAGAUCUUCGUGAAGCUGAGCGAAAUCUCUGUGCAGCUGCUGAUGCAGAAGAAGGAUCCUUGGGGCAACGAGAUGACCGCGUAACAAUGAAUGAACUAAUUGUUUUUACCUUGUUGUAUUUUGUUGAGAAACUAAUUAUUUUUUUUUUUUUGAUCGUGUUCAAGCGACAAAAUAUUUAUUUUUCCAACUUAUUGAAAUA